CCCAAAGGCACAGUCCCAAAAAGUGGACUUUCUCCUUUAAAUGACUUUCUAUUAUCCUUUGAAAAGUCUGGAUGACUGAGCGAAGGCUUGUAGCAUUUAAACCAUGGCUCACUCCCAGAGGGAGAUGACAAAUGGGGGUGGGCACCCUCACGUCCACAACGGAGGACAAGCCGGGGGGUCCCACAGCUACAUGCUGAAGAGGCAACAAAAACAAGGACGCAGACGGAGGUCUUCCUCACCCAUGGGCCGAGUCAUCCUCAUCAACGCUCCUGUACAGGGAGGAGAUGACAGUGAAGACAUCCACACGGUGACAGUGGACAAGACUUUGGAUGGACGUCUGGGUUUCAGCGUCAGAGGCGGGUCUGAACAUGGACUGGGGAUUUUUGUUAGUAAGGUGGAUGACCACAGCUCAGCAGCUCGAGCCGGCCUGGCCGUGGGGGACAAACUUGUGGAGGUGAACGGCGUAAGUCUGGAGAGUAUCACCAUGAGUAGUGCCGUGAAGGUCCUGACUGGAAACAGCCGUUUGAGGAUGGUAGUGCGACGCGUGGGAAAGAUUCCCGGCAUACGCUACUCCAAGGAGAAGACCACGUGGGUGGACCUGAUUCACAGGAGGAUGGUGGUGGAGGAGGGCGGACGCACGCCGUCAGAGGCCAGCUCGGACAGCGCCCUCCGCAGGAUAGUGCAUCUCUUCACCACGUCAGAUGAUUACUGCCUGGGCUUCAACAUCCGAGGAGGACGAGAGUUUGGACUGGGAAUUUACGUCUCAAAGUUGGACCCGGGUGGGCUGGCGGAGGAACACGGUAUCAAAAUGGGGGAUCAGAUCCUGGCAGCCAAUGGGGUCAGCUUUGAUGACAUCACACACAGCAACGCCGUGGAGGUCCUGAAGAGUCACACGCAUGUCAUGUUAACAAUUAGGGAAGCUGGAAGAUAUCCUGCAUAUAAGGAGAUGGUGGCAGAGUACGGUUGGCUGGACAAACUUUCCAACGGGUCGGCGUUGGCGUCAGGGUCCUCCCAAGGCUACGACUCGCACUCGUCCGUCUCGUCGUCCCCCGUGAGCUCCCUCAGUGGUCUCUCCCAGCUCCUCUUCCCUCCUCCUGUCUUUGGCUCCAACAUGGUGGACGUGUCCAUCUCCAUGGAGAACCGGCCCACUGCCAUCGCCACCGCUGACACGGCCAUACAGACGGAGGCAUCCUCCUCCCCCAACCGGACAAUCGGCGCCACGCUGCUCCUGAAGGACACCGUCAUACGUGGGGAGGGAGAGGUGGGCGUCUAUGAGAGAGAACGGCACCAAGGUCCCAAGACCAAGGUCCUCAUGGCCCUCAGUAGGCCUCGCAAGCCCAUUAGACGCUCCCAGAGUCACAUCACCCUGUCAGGUGAUAAGCAGAAGAAAAAAGUCGAAAAAAAGACACACAGCUCAGACGACAAGCAAGCCAAACUGCAGCGUUCCAAAACUUUCCUCAACCUCUUUUUCAAGAAAGAUCGCAAAGAGAGGAGCCCAUCCAAAGGUCAGAUCAAGUCAUGCCACAUGACAGAUUUGAAAAAGCAGGCGUCCCUGCGGCACGUGGAGGAGAUGUCCAACAAGCUGCUCAGCCCGGACGAGGUGGCCGCCGUCAUGAGACACUGUCAGCGGUUUCUGUCCGAGAAGAUUCUGGAGGAUUUGGUGCGCCCCCUGCUGGCCAUCUUGGACCGGCCUGAGAAGAUACUGCUUCUUCGAGAUAUAAGGAUGCUGAUUCCCCCGAGCGAGUUGGGUCGUUUUGACAGCAUGGUGAUACCUUUUGAGGUCCAGGCCUACAAUCUUCUCAAGAAUCCAUCAGUACCUUCUCCAGUUCUACGUUCCCCUCGUGGUGGAACCCCUCGACGCCACCUCGUAACGCCAGUCCCAGACUUUCGUGGCGGCUUCCUUCUCCAGCCUGUACAGAACGUGCCACGGGCCGCUCACGCGAUUGACAGCAUGGAGGGACUGACUUUGUCUCCGUCACAGGUGUUCACCCCCCUGCUGGACGUACCUGUCGACACUUUCACCUCCUCUUCCUCUUCCUCCUCCUCCUCCUCGUCCUUCAACUGCAUUAGAGGAGGCGAACGAGGAAGGUCCCCCGUCAGGAGGACGAGGAGGGAGGCGAGUCCAGACUCCACUUUGAGCGGUCGCCCGCAGGACUUUGCUGAAGUCAGCAUACGUGUUUCCUCGCCACGACGGACCAGGACGCCCCUGAAGGAUAUUUUCUCAAGCCCCCCCGCGGUCACGCCUAAUGGACACUCCCAGACGCCAGCAGACUACCACAUCUCCACUCUGACCAUCUCCAAAGCCAAACCGUCGCUAGGUAUUAGCGUGUCUGGAGGCGUCGAGUCGAGAAUUCAGCCCGUCAUCAAGAUUGAGAGCGUCUUCCCUGGAGGAGCCGCUUCAAUGAAUCCCGCUCUGAAGGCCGGCUACGAACUGCUGAGCGUGGAUGACGAGAGUCUGCAAGGCGUAACUCACCAACACGCCGUCGACACCAUCCGCCGCUCGUUCAGUAACAAGGGCAAAGAGCCCAUGGUACUGGUGGUCAAGGUCCCGAAGGAGACGCCUGCCCGCUAAUAUUGAAUGGCGCAGAAAGUGACUGUGUCAUUCGUGAAGUUAGCAUCCGGCAACAGGAGAUAAUCCCAAACUGCCCCAUGAGAUUUUUGGCCAGAUUAGCGCUCAUGUCUAAAACCAUGAUUGCAAAAUGGCUGCUCAGUAUUUCAGCGCAGGAUUUUUGUCUGGCACAAAUGCUGCCUGUUCCGGAACAAUCAGCCACUUUGGACCUUUACUUACACAUGAGAAGGAUUUGGGGAGGAAAAAAAAAAACAGGCAGGCCAUGACACAAUUGAAUAAUUCAAUGUAUUUUUUUACUUUAUUUAGGAGAAAUGCUACCAGGCUAGCAAAUAUUUUUAGAAUUGAUUGUUCUGACAAGUUUCUCUUUACUGAAAAAAGCCACACAUUUAUACAAGAAAUGUACACAUUUACAUGAACGACGUCUACUUUAUGAAUCAAGUGUGACGUAACAUAAGCUAACGUAAAAAAGGGUAACAAAAAAAAAGCCACAACAAAAACAAACAAACGAGUUAGGUUGCUUUGGUCUAUAGUCACAGUGGCUAAUAUGUGUUAUACUUUCAACUUUUUUUUACAUAUUUACACUCAAAAGCAGAAGUAACAGUCGAGAAUUGGGCUAUACUCGAUAUUUUUAUGAAAAAAUAUGAACAAAAUAUUAGAAUUAUUUGUAGGUUAAUUUUUGGGGGGGUUCUCUCAGACAUUUAGUUUUUAGCCUUUGCAGUCUACUGCAUAUAUUUCUAAUAUAGACAUUCAUAUAGAUAGAAUUGGCACUGACAACGGUGCUACAAGAAGAAAAAAAAUAUUAGUCGGUGCUUUAUUCAUAUAUGUAUAUAAAAAUAUACAACCCUUCCUGA